UGCGCCUCCCUCCCUCCUGGCCUUCCUUCCCUUCUCCGACUUUGCAGACCUCUCUUCCCCCAGGCCUCCCUCCUCCUCCUCUCCGCCCCCUCCGGGCUCCGGCUCUCCCUGGAGGCUACGACUCCGGGUGGAGCCACUGGUCCCGCAGGGAUCCCCGCGUCCUCGGUCGCCGCGUCCACGUCCCUCUCACGUCCCCGCCCGGCGCCGCGCCAGCUCCUCUGAGUUCGGCCUCCGCGCGGUGCAGCGCAGUCUUACGCCGCGAGACAAGCCCAACUUCAAUCUCUGCAAUGGCUAACGAAGCUUAUCCUUGUCCGUGUGACAUUGGCCACAGACUUGAGUAUGGAGGGCUAGGCCGCGAGGUUCAAAUCGAGCACAUCAAGGCUUAUGUCACCAAAUCCCCCGUUGAUGCAGGCAAAGCUGUGAUUGUCAUUCAAGACAUAUUUGGCUGGCAGUUGCCCAAUACCAGAUAUAUGGCUGACAUGAUCUCAGGAAAUGGAUACACAACCAUUGUUCCAGACUUCUUUGUAGGGCAAGAGCCUUGGGACCCCUCUAGCGACUGGUCCACCUUCCCUGAGUGGGUGAAAACAAGAAAUGCCCAGCAGAUCGAUAGAGAGAUCAGUGCUGUCUUGAAGUAUCUGAAACAACAGUGUCAUGCCCAGAAAAUUGGCGUCGUGGGAUUCUGCUGGGGUGGAACUGCUGUCCAUCAUUUGAUGGUGAAAUACUCAGAAUUCAGAGCAGGGGUGUCUGUCUAUGGCAUCGUCAAGGAUUCUGAAGGCAUUUACAAUUUAAAGAACCCCACCUUGUUCAUUUUUGCUGAAAAUGAUGUUGUGAUUCCACUCGAGAAUGUAUCUCUGCUGACCCAGAAGUUGAAAGAACACUGCAAAGUUGAAUAUCAAAUUAAAACAUUUUCUGGGCAGACUCAUGGGUUCGUGCAUCGGAAGAGAGAAGAUUGCUCACCUGCAGACAAGCCCUACAUUGAUGAGGCGAGAAGGAAUUUAAUCGAGUGGCUGAACAAGUACAUGUAGCAAGAAUCAAGGGCAAGCCUUCCUAGAAUAGCUUUCAUCCCAAAAUUUGCUUGGAAAUACUUAGAUCAUUUAAUUUUCACUUUUAUAAAAUAAAUGUAGGAAUCCUAAAAUUCAUUAUUUCAUUUGAAACACAAAUUCAGUAGGAAAUAAUGCAUGAAAUGAUUUGAUUUUUAACAUGUACCUCAAAUCAUAAUUUAAAAACAAGGCCUGGGCCGGGCGCGGUGGCUCAAGCCUGUAAUCCCAGCACUUUGGGAGGCCGAGACGGGCGGAUCACGAGGUCAGAAGAUCGAGACCAUCCUGGCUAACACGGCGAAACCCCGUCUCUACUAAAAAAUACAAAAAACUAGCCGGGCGAGGUGGCGGGCGCCUGUAGUCCCAGCUACUCGGGAGGCUGAGGCAGGAGAAUGGUGUAAACCCAGGAGGCGGAGCUUGCAGUGAGCUGAGAUCUGGCCAUUGCACUCCAGCCUGGGCAACAGAGGGAGACUCCGUCUCAAAA